GAUCGGGCCGGCGUCUAAUGUUCUGCUGGCGGAGGACGGGGGCCGCACCCUUCGCCGAGAGUCCGAAAGAUUUGGAAUUGACGCCGCAGAAAGGUGGCAAAGUCAUACUUGACGCUAAACGAAGCUCCUCAACUCACUUCAACAUAGUUCCUUUGCACCAAGCGGCGCCAAAGUAGUCCUUUUAUUGCUUCGGCUGGAGCGUAGGAACAGCGGCAGUAAAAGUUGACCAAAUUCAAAAUGCAAAUGUCGUUCAUUGUUCCAACGGAAUCACGCUAGCUACAUCUCGGAGACGCAUUUCGGUGUUACGUCACAUCGCACCUUUUCGGAUGAAAACAUCCGUUACGAGGUAUAACGCCAUUUCUUCAUUUCAAAAUGUCACUCUGACUUUUCCACCAUUUUGAGUGAAUAAGUCGAGACUGUUGAAUUAUUUAGCGCGUGUUUGCUGAACGCGAGUCGAGGCGGGCGGCGCCGGAAAGACCGUCCGUCUCAGUCGCGCGGUCGGGCGCGAUGUCGGCCGUCCGCGUUCGUUGUUGCCGCCUGAUGUGGGCCCUGCUGCUGGCCUGGUUGGCGUCGUGGUUGCUGCUCAGCGGCCUGGCGCUUCUCCUCCACGCCGACUUCCUGUCCGACGUGUGCACCGACGCCACCAGCAAGAAGAUCCUGCGUCGCCUGUGCGGCGACUUUGCGGCGGGUUGGGCGGCGGGCGACAUGUGCGCCGACCUGUGCGUCCGCGGCCUGGUGGAGUACAAGCGCUGCCUCUACUACGAGAGCGGGAAGAAGGUGAUGGAGGUCGCCUGGAGGGGGCGGCCCGUCAUCCUCAAGUCCAAGCUGGAGAACUUGUCCUCCUACCAGCCUCUGGGACCCCUCGGCUACCAGGACGCAGCGGGCGACUCGUCUCCGCUGGACGUUCUCCUCCGCGCCGCGCUGGAGGUGCGAAACUGGCUGGGUCUGGCCGAGGAGGUGGAGGAGGGAGGAGCCGGUUCCCCGGCGAAGCUGCGGCCCUCGGACAAGAUCUACACCCGAGCCGAGCUGACCUCUCUGUGGUCUCUGCUGCAGCAGGACGAGUACGCCUUCCUCAGAGUUCUGCAGGACCUGAGCGUGCACGUGUCCAAGGUGUUGGGCUCGUGCGGACACUUCUACGCCGUGGAGUCGUUGUCGGCGGGCCGCGCGUGGGACCAGAACAUCUUCUCUCUGGAGGAGGACGACGGGGAGGAGGGCGUGGGGCCGGGCCGCGGUCCUCGGGGGUCGCGGGGCGCCCGGCGGAAGGUCCACCGCAUCGCGCUCAGCUUCCUGGACAUGGUGCAACACUUCGACAACGACUUCACGCACAAAGUCCAUCUGUGUGACGUCAAGCCCGAGAACUUUGCCAUCAGGGAGGAUCUCACUGUGGUGGCCAUCGACGUGGACAUGGCCUUCUUCCAGCCCAAGAUGGAGGACAUCCUGGACCGCAAGUGCAGCGGCGACGACGACUGCGGCUUCUUCGACUGCGUGUCGUCGUGCGACCUCGGCGCGCGGCGCUGCCGCCGCCGGCGCGCCAACACCAACUUGCAGGUGAUUUGUGAGAAGAUCUUCAGGCUCUGGUUUUCUCCCACGCUGCUGGGCGCCAAAGCGGGGCUCCCCCUGCAGGUGGAGCUGCAGAGGGCGGUGCAGGAAUGUUCCGAGUCGGGCGGCGUGAACAAACAAGGAGUCGGAGGAGGAGGCGGCCGGGAUGUCCACCGGCGCCUCUUCCGUAUCCUGACUCGCCUCCUUCACGAGGGAGGAACAUGGGACGAAGAGCACGAGACCGAAGGCCGCACGGCGCUCAACCUCUGA